GCCUCUCUGCACACACUCAGGAAAGUGAAAGUAAACCUAGACUGAAUAAAAACUGCGUCAGAGCAGACACAGAGGACGGUUGUCUGAUAGAUCCAAAUCAUUUUAACUCUUCGCUGAUUUCUCCUCUAACAACAUGGACAAGUCAAACAGAAGAAUUGUCAUCUUGGGAUCUGGAGUUGGGAAAAGCAGCCUGGCUAACACCAUAUUUGGAGAGAAACUGUUCCAGAUCGGCCACACUGCCAACUCUGGAACAAGAAAAUGUGAAGCAAAGACCAAAUCUGUCAAUGGAAGAAGCAUCACUCUGAUCGACACGCCUGGUUUCUUUGACACAGAUAGAUCUGAGGAGAAGCUGAAGCCUGAGAUAGUGAGGUGUAUCGCAGAGUGCGCUCCUGGGCCUCAUGCUUUUAUCAUUGUGCUUAAAGUGGAGAAAUUCACAGAGCAGGAGCAGGCUGUCAUCAACAAAAUAAAAGAAUACUUUUCUGAAGAAGUCUUCAAAUAUGCAACAGUUGUCUUCACUCAUGGUGACCAGCUCCCUGAAGGACAGACAAUUGAGGACUUUAUCCAUCAGAACAAGCUUGUGAGUGAUCUGGUGAAGAAGUGUGGAGGUCGGUGCCACGUCAUUGAUAAUAAAUACUGGAACCAAAACCCAAAGCACGAAUACAGGAGCAACCAGCUCCACGUGGAGGAGCUACUUAACACCGUAGACAAGAUGGUGAUGGAGAACAAUGAAAGAUGCUACACCAACGAGAUGCUUCGAGCAGUAGAGAAGAAGAUAAUUCCAGCAUCCACAAAGCUUUUGACCAUACUGAAAUACAUUGUACAAGGUGGUAUAUUAGGAGGUUUAGUUGGUCUAGCUGCGAAUCGAGUUGCAUCUGCAACAACUGCAGUGGUAGUUGCUUUAAUGGGAGUAGUGAUAGGAGGUGCUGUGGGGUAUUUGAAGGUUAAGGAAUCAGACACUAAAGAGGAGACAGCAAAGAGGGCAGGAGAGGGUGAUUGCAUUUUAGAGCAGGCAUCUAAUAUAACCAUGGCUGAUGAUUACCAAUACCCUGUUUAUUUUGAUUGUGACAGCCUGCCCCAGGAUCAGAUUAGGAAAAUAGAGAAGUAUUUCCGUAUUCACCGCAAAUCAAACGGAGGAGACUGCGGAGCAUUGAGGAAUGUGCGGCAUAAAACUUACUGCGUCGCUUUCAAGCAUCAGAAAGAUCAGCAGGCAGUCCUGAAGAAAUCAGAACAUGUUGUGAAUGAUUUGGUGUUUUUUACUGUCCGAGACAGCCUCGAACCUUGCACCUCAUCUCCAAUCACCACUUCCACUACAAGCCGGGAUGGCACAGCUCCAGUACAGAGCCCACAGUCCUCUCCUACCUCAACACUUCCACUAAGUGGCGAAGAAUGCGAACUACAACUUGAUUUUUACCUCCUUCGUUACCUCAAGGAAUGUCCCAAGGCCGAGAAAGAUCUAGAGAGAGAACUCGCCUCUUUGGCCUGCUCUGCCAAGAUUUACCCAAUGGAGGGGAAGGCUGGCAUGGCUGUUGUAGUUGGGGAAUGUUCUCAGGUGAAGGCCAGGGUGAAGGAUGUAAUGGACUUGCUUGAGAGCACGAAACAAAGGUCAGGUGAGAAGCAAACCAGUCUUCGUAGACUAGGCGAAGCCAAGCUCCGUCUCCUCUGGAAAGAGAUUGAGCAGAGUUUGGGACGAGAUUAUCCAGGAGUGGAGGUCACGCAGAGAGAUGCAGGUCAAUUAGCUUUAGAAGGCCCUGUGGAGGAGAUUCUAAAGGCAGGAAAUAGGAUCUCUGAGAAGGAGAAUUUGGUGUUAAAAAGGAAAGUUUCUGACAUGAGCCCACUUGUUUUGGCCUUUCUAAGGAAGGCUUAUGGAGAUUCAGCCGGGCUAAGUGACUUUUUAGGGGUUGGUGACGAGGUGGAGGUCGAGUUACGAGACACAGGUCUACGUUUGUUUAGUCUCUCCGCUGAUAAAUUGGAUAACACGGAAAAAAAACUGAAAGAAGAAUUGAGGGAGAUCAAGAUCGAGGUCCCUAACUUCUCUGUUGUACCAUCUGAGCUUCGGGAAAAGCUGGAGUCCAAGACAAAUGAGAUGAACCAAGGGCAAUAUAGGGCUGAGGUCAUGUUUGGCUCAGACAGCAUGGUGUGCUUACUGGGCCACACCGAAGAGGUUGAAGAACUAAGUAAAGCUGUCACACAGUUUAUUUUGGACCAGUCUAGUGUUGAAAGCGCAGUGCAUGUGAGUGGUGCACAGAAAUUGGCAUCGUCGAGUCUGAGUGAAUUAAACACAACAGUUGCUAGCUACAUACUUUGUGAUGAGCUUCAGGUGCUUGUGUGUCAGGGUGACAUCACCAAACAGGAGGUUGAUGCCCUGGUGAAUGCUGCCAAUGAAGAUCUGGACCACUGUGGAGGUGUUGCUGCUGCACUGAGUAAAGCUGGUGGUCCUGAAAUACAGAGUGAGAGCAAUAGUUUAGUGAAGUGUAUGGGGAAAAUCCCUGUAGGUGAAGUUGUUGUGACCACAGGGGGAAACUUAAACUGCAAGAUACUACUUCACGCUGUUGGUCCUGUAGGUGAAAAAUCAGGUGUUAAAGAAAGGAUGUUAUUGGAAAAAACUAUCCACUCUGCUCUGAAUCUAUCAGAAAAGAUGGAGUUCCAGUCCAUAGCCAUUCCUUGUAUUAGCUCAGGGGCGUCUGGUGUUCCUGUCAAUGUGUGCUCUGAGGCUAUUGUAACUGCUGUUAAAGAGUUUGGCAGUCAGAGAGGUCGAAGUCUCAGCAGAAUCAUACUGAUUGAUAACAGCGAAGAGGUGGUAGGAGCCAUGCACGUAGCAUGUGAGAGGCUUCUCCGAGGGAUAAGCCUCGAAAACCAUGAACCAUUAAGAGGAGCCACUGCUGGAGCUCCUGGAGAUGGUGUCCAUCUAGAGAUCAUCCAGGGGACCAUUGAAACCCAGCAGGUGGAUGCUGUGGUAUCGCCCAUGGUUGGCCUUGAUCCUCUCUCAACCCGUGUUGGAAACAGUUUGUCGAACGUGGUUGGAUCUCAGCUGACUGCACGUUUCAGAAAGGAAGCAGGACACGAAACGCAGAUUGGUGAGACAGUCCUGGUAGAGGGCUUGUCUGGACUUCCAUCGAAGGCUGUGUUUUUCCUCGGCCUCAUUCCCUGGGACGACGACCAAGAUGGGACUGCAGUCCAGGUUCUGAGACUGGGCAUCAACAACAUCCUAACCUCCUGUGAGAGCAGAGGGUUUACUUCUGUUGCUUUCCCUGUACUCGGGGCCGGGAUUGCCCUGAAUUUCCCUGACAGUGUGGUAGCCAGGAUUCUGCUAGAGGAAGUUCACGUGUUCAAACAGACCCGCGAUAGCAGAACACCGUUGCUGGUCCGCAUUGUCAUCCAUCCCAAUGAUGAAGAGUCUAGUGAGGUGUUCGAGUCCGUCCAGAAAGCUUUCCAACUGACAGGAUUCAAAAACCACGUUCACCAAACAGACCAAGUGUCAACUCCAAAGAGGAUCGUCCUGCUUGGAAAAACAGGAUCGGGGAAAAGCAACCUAGCUAACACCAUAUUUGGGGAGGAUGUGUUCAAGAUCUGUCAUACUGCCAACUCUGGAACAGGAAAAUGUCAAGCAGAAACAAAGUCUGUCAAUGGAAGAAACAUCACGUUGAUCGACACUCCUGGUUUCUUUGACACAGAUAAACCUCAGGAGGAUUUAAAGCCUGAGAUAGUGGGGUGUAUCACAGAGUGCGCUCCUGGGCCUCAUGCUUUUCUCAUUUUGCUUAAAGUAGAGAAAUUCACAGAGCAAGAGGAGGCUGUCAUCCACAAAAUAUGCCAAUGUUUCUCUAAGGAUGCGCUAAAAUAUGCUGUAAUUGUCUUUACUCAUGGGGACAACCUCCCUAAAGGCGAGAAAAUUGAGGACUUUGUGAGCAAGAACAAGAAUCUGAGUGAUCUGGUGAAAAAGUGCGGAAACCGGUGCCACGUCAUUGAUAAUAAAUACUGGAACAACAAGCAGCAAAAUAACUACAGGAGCAACCAGUUCCAGGUGGAGGAGCUGCUUAAGACAAUAGAUGAGAUGGUGAUAGAAAGCAAUGGAGACUACUACAGGAACGAGAUGCUUCAAAGAGUGGAGAAAGAAAUACAGAAAGAGGAAGAACGCAUAAAGCAGUCGUCGCAAAACAUGCCAGCGGAAGAGAUCAGGAAAGAGGCUAAAACCAGAGUGUCUAAGAGAUUUCUAAUGCAACUGACAGGUACUACAGUAGGAGCAUUAUUAGGAGCUUUUUUUGGUCUAGCAGCAAUGGUUGGACUAGUUGUCACAGCUAUGAACAACUGUGCUGCAUUAAUGAAACUUGUGAAAAAUCCAGCAGGAGCAGUAGGUGCAGCUGCAGCAGCAACAGCAGGAGAGGUAGGAGUAGUCGUUGCUGGCGUGUUCACUGCGGCUGCAGCAGCAACAGGGGGAGCAGUAGGUGGUAUGAUUGGAUAUGACGCAGCUGAGGAAGCAGAAUCACUAUCAGAGGCAGCAGAAAUGGCAUAUCAUGCGGUCAUCAAAACAGGGAAAGACGCAUUAAAGCGACUAUAGCCAAUAUUUUCAAAACAAAGUUCAGUCAAAUCAAAUGAUAAUCUGGUUUUCUGUGCUGUGCAAUCAUGCUCGUGACAAUGAGCCACGUUAACAUUUAUUUUUUUGUUCAUUUUCCGUUUGGCCCUGUUUUUGAAGCUAAAAAACAAGGUUGAUAAAAAUGUUCUGAAAACCAGAAAACCAAAACGAUGAGCUUAAAGUCCGUGUAAAGUCAGAAUAAAUGUGCUCUGAGCUUGUCAGACCAAAGAAGAAAGUGUUACUAACCACCCAGCCAAAUUUGAAUAAGUAAAAACAUCGACACGUUUAUGAAAUUAGAUGUCAAAAUUCUCAGCUCAGAUUAAUUAAUCACCAUUUCUCUACUCAGGGUGGCCUCGGCGUGUCAUCGAGCCACCCUUCAAGGACCGCCCACAAAAUCCUGAGACUGAAAACUAGUGAAAAACUUCUUGUUCUUCAAAGUCUUUUCACGUGUUUUCAGCAACUGUUUUCCAACAUAUUUAAUGGGUUUUAAAAGAAAUCUCAGAAGUUCUUUUACAUGGACUUUAAAGAGGUUAACAAAGGUGGAAGGGAACUGCAGGGUGAUGAAGCUUUGGGGGAUACUGUUCAGACUAGCUUUAAUUACAGAAUGAAUGAAAACCAGAUAAGCAGGUGGAGGGAAAUGUUCAUUUUAAGGCAAAUCUCUGUUGUUACUUACUUGUAAUGUAUAAAAUGAAUGUGUAUAUGUAAAAUAUUAACUUGAUUAACUCAUUUAACUUCAAGAUGUUGGGUAUAUUUUUCCACUGAUCUCUUUCUCUGUAAUGAGCUCGUUUGUUUGUUACAAAUAAACUAUAAAAGCAUUGAAUGCUCACAA